AUGGGCAUAGGAACAACCGUCACCAUCGCCAUAAUCGGCUCCGGCACCAUCGGCCUCUCCUUCGCCGCCCUGCACCUAACCCGCGACCCACACUCCAAAGUCAUCAUCUACGACCCGCGACCCGGCCUGCAAGCCUACAUCCAAGCCAACAUAACCUCCUACCUGGUCAACACCGACGUCCAGCAAUGCCUGGCCCGUUUGCACAUAGCCCCGACGUUGAAAGACGCCGUUGAGAGGGCGGACGUUGUGCAGGAGCAGGGACCAGAAAACCUCCCCUUCAAACGCACCCUCUGGCCACAAAUCGAGCUCCACGCCCCACCACACGCCCUCUUCAUGUCCUCCACCUCCGGCAUCCCCGCCUCGCAACAAUGCACAGGAAUGAAAGACCCCUCGCGCCUCCUCGUCGUCCACCCCUACAACCCACCGCACAUAAUGCCCCUCCUCGAACUCGUCCCCUCCCCCCUCACCUCCCCCACCACAAUAACCUCCACCCAAAAAUUCUUCACCUCCCUCGCCCGCGUCCCCAUCCCCCUCCAAAAAGAAACCCCCGGCUUCGUGGCCAACCGCCUCGCCUUCGCCCUGCUGCGCGAAGCCUGCUCUUUGGUAUCCUCCGGCGUCGUGUCAGUCAAAGAUCUCGACAGCAUCGUGACGUCGUCCAUGGGACCGCGGUGGAGCGUCGCGGGGCCGUUUAAAUCCUAUCAUGCCGGGGGUGGGGAGGAGGGGUUGAGGGGUUUUAUGGAGAAGAUUGGGGGCACGGUGGGGAUGUGUUGGGGGGAGAGUGAGAGGGGGUAUCGGGAGAAUAGUAUUGUGGUGGGGGAGGGGACGUGGCAGGAGGAGGUUUGUCUGCAGGCCGAGGAGGCGUAUGGACGGGUGGAUACGGGGGAGAGGGAUCGGAAGACGCGGAGGGUGUUGGAGGUUGUGGGGGAGAGGGAGAGGGAGGUGAGAUGA